AAAUCAACAGCCAUCCUCUUUGAAAAAUCAAGCUUAUCGUUUUCAUUUGGAGCAAAAUGGCAGCAGUGCGAGUCCAAUCCAUCGCAGGGAGUGGGUUAACAUCAAUACCAUCUGAAUUUAUCAGGCCUGUACAUGAGAGGCCCACUAUCGAUAACACCAAUGCUCAGAUCCCACUCAUAGAUUUGGCCGAUUUAGAUGCUCCAGGUGAUCGUGGUGAGGAAAACCGGUCACAGAUAGGAAGUGCGGCUCGUGAAUGGGGAAUUUUCCAAGUGGUUAAUCAUGGGAUUUCUGAGGAGCUCAUCCAACGAUUGCAGAGCGUGGGUAAGGAGUUCUUUGAUCUUCCGCAAGAGGAGAAGGAGAGCUACGCUAACGAUUCCCUAGCAGGUGUUAUGGAGGGCUAUGGCACCCGGUUGGCCCGGAACCUGAAUGGCAAUAGGGAGUGGAUUGACUACUUUUUCCAUAUGCUCUGGCCUCCUUCCAUAAGAAAUCUUCAUGUCUGGCCUAAGCAUCCUUCAUCUUAUAUAGAGGUGAAUGAUGAAUAUGGAAGAGCACUUUUUCAAGUGUUGAAUAAAUUGCUUUCAGUCCUAUCAAUAUAUCUUGGACUAAAAGAAGGUGGAUUGAAAGAGGUACUUGGUGGUGAAGAUUUAGAGAUGGAGAUGAAAGUAAACUAUUAUCCACCAUGUCCUCAACCAGAGCUUGCUCUAGGAGUGGAAGCCCACACAGACAUGAGUGCCAUGACUCUUCUUGUGUCCAAUCAAGUUCCAGGACUCCAAGUGCACAAGGAUGGUCAUUGGGUUACUGUGGAUUAUGUUCCUAAUGCUAUCAUUGUCCAUAUUGGAGAUCAAUUGGAGAUAUUGAGCAAUGGAAAGUAUAAGAGUGUUUUACACAGAAGUAUGGUAAACAAGGACAAAGUGAGAAUGUCAUGGGCAGUAUUUUGCACUCCACCUAAUAAUAAAGUUAUUGGUCCAAUGAAAGAGCUGACUAAUGAGGAGAACCCUUCAUUAUUCAAUGCUAAGACAUAUGAAGAAUUCAAGUAUCGCAAGAUCAAUAAGUUAGAGCAAUAGAAUUAGCAAUCACCUCAUAAAGGUGCAACAAAUAUGUUGAUAAAUAUUUAUUACUUUGAUUAGUAUUGUAUUGGAUUUGAUAAAAUUCAACUUAAAUUUGUGUUGAACUUUUGUUAGG